CAUUGUUCAGUUUUCAGUCAAAAAAAUGCAGAAAAAUUAAAUUUAAAUUUUAAAUUCGAAACACGACGUCAACAGAAAGAGAGAGAUGCUGUUUCAGUAGUGUUCGAUGCAAACGGUAAAAAUGAGCCAAAUGAAUCGAUACAUACCGUGUAUUUCUGAAUCAAAGCUGAGAUUCAUCGCUUAAUUUAGAAGAAAUUGUCGGAUAGCAACGGACGCAACAUCAGCCAUUGAAUUUCUUUCUCGUCCAAUCAAAAUGGGAGCCCGAGCGUAACUGUUCCUAAGAUUUUUCUUACUUCCGGUUGUGAACUUUUGGGCAUUUUUACUAGAUUCGUUAACCUAUCGUUUAUCGUUAAUCCUGCAGAUAGAACCAGAGGCUCAAUCAUCUUCCUCACUCUUUAUCUCAUGAGAAGGAUUGAGGAUGGAAAAAUCCAACAAAAGUGCCCUGGUUAUUAUACCACCUGAAUCCCUGUGGACUCAAAUACAGAGCAUCCGAAGCAAACAUGAUAAAGCCUAUCAAAGAUGGAUGCCACAUAUCAAUCUACUCUACCCAUUCAUAGAGGACAAUGGCUCUGAUUUCAACCGAGCUGCUCAACAGAUUUGCUGGCAUAUAUCGACCAGACUCAAGCCUUUUAGAGUUGCCUUCCGGAAAGAGUCAUUUGGGUAUUUCACAUUUGGGAAAAGUAGCACAUUGUGGAUGAAACCCUUGUAUGUAAAUGAGCCUUCCAGUCGAGCUAACAAUGCACUGCAAAGUAAUGCACUCCAAAACAAUUCACCACACAACAGUGCAUUACCAAGGGAUGCAAAGAAGACAUCCAAAGUUAUGAAACACAUUCAAAAUGAAUCACCAAUUCCAACUAUUCCUGAUGCCCCUCGAUAUAGGAGGACACGUCCUGUGAAACUCGUGGAGCCAUCUAUUGUUAACCCAUACUCCCAAACAGGACCACCAACUGUUCAACCCAGCCUUGAUGGCCUUAGGCACAAUGGAUGGAGUACAGAUAUCAGACCAGAUGAACAGUUCUAUAACAGUAACAACUCUAGCGACCAGCCAGGCCUAGAGGGUCUCCAACAUGCCUUCUGGCCUCCUAUUAACUCUAAACCAGCAGGCAAGAUCAAUCACACACAUAAGAACAAACAAGGGAAUGCCACCAAUGAAAACACUAAGGUCACCAGUAAUGUUGGAAAUGACAUAACAAAUAAUCAGAUGCUUGAAAGUGAGAAUAGUGAAGACGAAUGGAGUGAUGAGGCAGAUGAAUGGACAUGUAGCAAUGAUAAAACAAGGAGUGAUUCAGAUGAAGUAAAAGACGAUAAAGAGGACAUAACAGAAGAUAUGAUCCAUCCUGCUGUUAUGAAGCUCCAAGCGUGCCUGGAGGCUCAGUUCCAACUGUGUGAUGACCUCAGUAAUAAGUCUUUGAAUGGUUUCGCACCACAUCUAACACUUGGACAGUUUAAGAAUCAAAUUGUUGCAAAACGAUUAGAUGACUUCUGCAGAGAGUGGAAGGAUAUUGAGUUUGAGGUGAAUGAGAUUUAUAUGAUAAGUCGGAAAGAUUUUAACGAUCCAUUCCAUAUAAGGGAAAGGAUACCUCUGGGAAGUCUAGAGAGUGAGCUAGCCUGUCAGUAGAUGAAAACUAAAAAAUUGGGAGUUAUGAAAAGCAAUCUAAAUGAAUACAAGAAAUGUAUUAUAGAAAGUUGGAUUUUAGCAAUUGUGUCCCAUAAAUUCUCUUAUGUCUGUACUCUGUUUCUGUAUCAAAACAAUUUAUUCCCAAUGAGUUAAAAAAUGUUUAGAGUACAGUGAAACUUGUGAAGUGGAACACCUCUAGAAGUGAAACACUGACUAAACGUAAAAAAUGAACCUCUUUAAGUGUCACACCUCACAGGUUUAAUGUAUGAUCAAGUCCAUGUUCUAUCUUUCUUCCCUUAUUAACAGUUAGGUUCAAAGGGGUUAAAGUACCCAUUCUAGAAGAUAAACACUAAACAGGGUCUUUAAUCAGUAGGAACCUAUUUUGUCUCAUAUACAAAAAACAUGUUUUAGUAUUUUGAAACAAGG